AUGCGUUGGCCCAGCGAAGUAAGCCUCCUCUUCGGAGUCUUCUCUGCCCUUUUCACGGGGACAGCAACAGCUGCCGAAGAGCAUGUUUGUCAGCCAGGAGGAGCCUCGGUGACCAAUAGUGACUGCAUGGCAGCUGCCUCUGCUCUGCUCAUUGCUUCAACCUCGUGUAAUGGCAAAGUUACUGUGCCCAAGAACGGUAUAGGCGCCAAGCACGGCAAUUGCUGUGCGAUUAUGUCGCGUGAUGCUGGCGACAUUACUCACAGCAUCGAUUACCUAUCUGCAGCAUUUCUGGACAACGUUGUCACCUGCCAGAGGGGGUACACCAUUCUGGACGAUGGAACGCAAGUGCAGACCAAUUUCGAGGCGUGUGGGGUGGUGAAGAUUAUUGGGAGAGAUACCAUUCCCGAUGAGGAGGAGAAGCCAACUCCGGAAUUCAGAGGAAUGACUCGCCGAGCUUUGCCAGAAGAAGCUGAAUUGGCUAAGAGAGGUGCCAUCAAUGUGUGCGGCAGAGACAUCAACGACCUUAUUGAUGUCCCUGGCCUUGCUGCCAAAGGAUUCGAACUUGUUCAAACGACUACUGGUAGCGGCGCGGGUUACAACGUACCAGCCUCAGUCUCUCAGUCGAUAUACUCGCAGCUCAUCUCGCAGUUUGAGCAUCAGGCUAGCGGCGCAGUGUCGAGACUGGCUGGCGAAUAUCUCACUCGCGAACAAUUUUCUUACACAGCAAUGGACCUCGCCAAUAAAGCUGCCAGUUCUUGGAAUACUGUUCGGAAUGGACUGGGCGACAGUGUGAUGGAACAGGUGAUAAAAAAGGUGGUGACGAUUGGAAGUUUAUCCAAGUUCAAGUCUGUCUCAUACGCUCUCAGAUACGCCUCUGGCGAGGCUUUGGUGGAGUUUAUCGUCAAUAACUAUCAUCAAUAA